AUGUAUUCCUUCCAAACAUAUUUCGUGAGCGCGCUACUAGUGGCAACAUCAUUCGCAGACCAGACACAAUGGUCUCCGUACAACAUGAACUUACAAGGAUUCGGGUACAAUCAGGCUGAUCAGUCUGGACAGCACAGCGUCAUCGAUAUGCAGCAAGAUCAACAGUUGCAAGCAAGUGACUUCUCAGGCGGUUAUGACUUCGGCGGUCACGAAGGCGGACUGGGCGGUCAUGAGAGCAGUCUAGCCGGUCAUGACUUCGGCGGUCAUAGCUAUGGCGGUCACGAAUUGAAAGCCCACGCGUAUCCUGUCCACGAACACGUCGAAGAAGAAAGUCCCGAACCUAUAAAACAUUACAAAGAAGUAGUAGUCCCUGUUCCAAAGAACGUAGAGUUCAAAAUCAAUCAACCAAUUAUCAUACCUGUACCUCAUCCUAUACCUAUACAAGUGCCAGUACCAAAGGCAGUCGUUAUACCAAUCGUGAAGGAAGUUUCAAUUCCUGUAGAGAAAUCUGUACCUUAUCCCGUUGAGAAGACGGUACAUGUUCCCAAAAUCAAGGAAGUGCCUUUUGAAGUUAUCAAACAUAUUAUUGUACCUGUAGAAAAACCAGUUCCAUUCAAAGUACCAGUAUAUGAAACCAUUAUCCAUACAAAGAAGGGAUCACACAAGAUCUAA